GGUGGCCUUAAAUGGUUCCAUCAGUGUUCUUUCUCCUUCCCCUCCGCGCGCUCUCAUACACUGACUGAUGUCUCAUGGCAAUAGAUUUCUGUUCAAAAACGGGGUCGUUUCACCUGCAGCGGACACUCCUUCAGUGGCAGGUUUUCUUGAAGCUCACCCAGGUGCAUAUACAACAACUCGUACUCACAAGAAUGGCUCAGAACUCUUAUUCUGGGAAAGACAUCUACUUAGGCUAUCAAACUCCUUCAGAUUAUUACUGAAAGAAAAUCCAAGACUUUUAUUUGAAAAACCCAUAACUCUUAGUACCGCAUUUUUGGAAUUAUCGAACCGAGCAAUGAUGUGGGACUCAGUAAUUCGGUCUCUAGUUAAUGAUUCUAUGAGAAAAGUGGUGCCUUUUGUUGAAAAAGAGAGGAUAUUCGGGGAGGAAUUGGCAAUCACGGCGCAUUUGAGUGGAAAUUUGGAGAAUUUGGAUCAUUUGAAGGGUGGUUUUGAUGAGGGAAAGAUUUCUGAGGUUUUGGAUGUGUAUUUACAUAUAGGCGGAUAUGCUCCGCCUGUUUUUGGUGUUAGAGGGAGUGCUGCGCAUUUGGCUGUGGUGGGUCGUGGCAGGGAUUCUGCAAAUGCGAAGUAUUCAGAUUGGGUCAGGCUAAGGAAGCCUUUGGAGAAGCUGAGGCCACCUUCUGUAAAUGAACUUCUGUUAUCAAAUGAUGGUGAGCAGAUUUUGGAAGGCUGUUUGACAAACUUUUUUGUCGUUUGUCUCAAGGAGAAAGAUGGAGAUGGUCACACUGUUGAGCAGAAACAACCACAAAGUUUAAGAUGUAUUGAAGUUCAGACUGCUCCUUUGAGUGAUGGUGUUCUUCCUGGAGUCAUACGACAAGUGAUCAGAGACAUAUGCUUGAAAAUUGGGAUCCCAUUUCGAGAAGUUGCACCAUCGUGGUCGAAGCGUGAAUUGUGGAUGGAAGCAUUCAUCACAACCUUCGAAUUUUACAGCAUGUUGAGACAAUCCAAGCUCCUAAAUCAUGGAAAUCAGUGGAAUCAAAUACUUGGGAGGAGAUCACAUGGAUCGAGAAACGAUUUCAGGACGGUCCUGGCAGGAUUACAUCAAUGUUACAGAUGGAGAUUAUGAAAAAAGCAGGGGUCGAGGAGUUCCCGGUUACUUCAUUUGAGGAAGGACGGUCGGUCGUGUAAUCUCCACCGGCCUAGCACACGCCAAGGAACUGUCUCGAUGGUGUCAUUCACAAUCAAGACGAAAUGAGGUUUUAUGGAUUCUCCUCUUGCUUGAGCUUUCGGUUUCUUGAUGCUGUAACUGUUUGUUACUAUCCCUGGUGUUCUACGUCGUCUGUUGGUUUGUCGAUGAUUACCAAAACGAUUCAACGUCUCACUGUAUUGUGAUCUUGUUAUGGAUUUGUAUGUAGAAUAUCUAUGUCGAUCAACUUCAUGGUUCUGGAAAUUUUCGAGUUAUCUUUUCGUUUAAUUUGACCUCUU